UAAUUUUGAUAGGUCAGCGUAAUCAUGUUGUCUGUGAAGUUUAUCAGGAGUUUAUUUGUACACAUAUUAAUAUUUGAAGUUUCUUCACGAAGUCUAUAUGUUUCGUGGGCAAAAGUUCUUGAAGAUGAUAUGCUGUUAAGCGAGAAUUCAGGGAGAACUAUUUCAAGCAAUAGGAAUGGAAAUCACUUACGAGCGGGAUUGGUGAAUCCCCUUUCCCGGUGGCGUUAUGGAAUUGUACCAUAUGAAAUAUCAUCCGGUUACAAUCAUACAGACAUUGAGGUAAUAAAAGAUGUUUUCAAAAUAUUCCAUAACGAAUCUUGUAUUCGAUUUAGACAGCGAAACGAUAGAGAUGAUUCAUGGAUUGCAAUUAAGGAGAAUUUCCCAAGAUGCUUUUCUUAUGUUGGAAAAAUUGGCGGAGAACAAACACUUAGUCUGCGGAUGGGAGAAUGUGUGAACCAAAGAAUUAUUCUACAUGAAUUAAUGCAUACCUUAGGAUUCUAUGGUGAACACAAUUCUCACGAUCGAGAUAAAUAUAUUCAUGUUUUUCGGGACCAUAUUAUCGAAGGAGAGGAGAGUUGGAUUGAGUGGAUUGCUAACCCAGAAGAUAGUUCUCAUUUUGGCUAUGGAUAUGACUUCGACAGUAUAAUGCAUUAUCCAAGUUACGCUUUUUCGAAAGAUGGUCAUGACACAAUUGUCCCAAAGGAUCCGAGUGUGGAUAAAACUAAAUUAGGUACUACGUCUUAUUUGUCCGAGAAAGAUAUUUUAAAAUUAAGAGCAAUGUACCGCGACGAAUGUGAAAAAAGAUACCAAAUUUGUGUUUGAUGUUGCU